GAAUUGUUCACAACACUAUGUCACCAUUGCCAGGCAAUGCUUUCAGGGUGAAUGGAAGAGCACAUGAUCCCUAUGUUGACAUCAGUGGCACUACCCAACCCACUACUGGUCCAGGAUAUCCUGAAUCUACAGUUUCCUCUGAAAUAUUAGCUACCACCACAUCCAUGGACCUGUCUGUAUACACCACUGAAACAGCCUUUACAAAGUCACAACAGGGAGAGUCAAACCCCACUUCAACAACAUUAGGAGGUCCCUCACCUGGGGAUGAAAUCAUGACGGAAACUUCACAUGUCCUGGCAACCACUUUUACACAAGCACCUUCCACAAAAGAACCCCCUGGAAGCACGUCUCAGAUCGACCUUGCGACGAAAAUGCCCGUACAAUUUGAAAUAGCAAAUGUAAAGGCCAUAGAAACUACAAACAAAUUGGAAGAAACUUCAUAUGAGACAAAAACAACAGAGAGAACAACUGCAACUGCAGAAUCAUCGGAAAAUUCAGAGGUGAAAACAUCUGAAAUGUCGACAAGUGCAUUUGAACCGGCCCGUGUUGACGCUCCUGUAAGAUCCUCAACUUCAAAAGACACGAUAACUACACCCACAACCUCUUCUUUGAUAACAACACCUAAAAUGAAAUCUGCAAUCAUAUCAGAAAUUGCACCAGCACCUGUAUAUGCUUCAAACUCAUCUGGCAUGUUAAGAACAACUACAUUACAAACCAUAGCAACAACUUGGCCAUUAUGGGGGAAAACGUUUGAGCUGUUAGCCACCUCUCCUGGAAAACCAUCUGAAAGAACAUUAGAGACGUCAACUAUAAUGCCAAUGUCCACAUCUGCUUCUUCGGCGCCAGGCAGCGUUUCUGAGACAUUGUCUGCAAUUACAUCACCAAGGAUAACUUUUGCCACAGUUGCAUUCCUACCUAUUGUAUCAGUUCCUACACCUGACAGCCCAUUGGAAACUAAAGCUACAGCUACGACAGAACGUACAGGUGAAAGCAAUCCUAAAACCACAGCUGCGACUCCGUAUGAAACAACUGAUAUAAACACACCUGAAACAUCAUCCACAACCCCAUCAACUAAACCUAAAACAUCAUCCACUUAUACAACAUUCCCAUCAACUGCACCUGAGACAUCUGUGAAAGUCACUAAAGAACCCUUUACAACAGAUGCAACCAUGGCCACGAGCUCAUCAGAAAAACUGUCAACAGCCUACUUUCAAGCUUAUCAAACCACAACUACAACUGAUACAUCAACUAUAACUUCAACAAGUGACUCUUCAACUAUUCCUGUAUCUGCAACAUUGUGGACAGUUACAGCAGAAAGGAUAACUACAUUCCCCCCAUCAACCGAACCUAAAACAGCAUCCACAGCCACAUACACAACAAUCCCACACACCGAAACUGAAACAUUAACCACAACCACAACAUCCAUAUCAACCAAACCUGAAACAUCAUCAACAGCCACAUACACACCAUCCCCAUCAACUGAACCCAAAACAUCAUACAGAACUACAACAUUCCCAUCGACCGAAACGGAAUCAUCAUCCACAACUACAUCACCCCUAUCAACCGUACCUCAAACAUCAUCCACAACUACAACAUUCCCAUCAAUUGAAACAUCAUCCACAACUACAACAUCCCUAUCAACCGAACCAGAAACAUCAUCCACAACUACAACAUUCCCAUCAACUGAAACUGAAACAUCAUCCACAACUACAACAUCCAUAUCAACCAAACCUGGAACAUCCUCCACAGCCACAUACACAACAUCCCCAUCCACCAAUCCUGAAACAUCAUCCACAACUACAACAUUCCCAUCGACCGAAACAGAAACAUCCUCCAAAGCUACAACAUUCCCAUCAACUAAAACUGAAACAUCCUCCAUAGCCAGAAACACAUCAUCUCCACCAACUGAACCAGAAGCCUCAUCCACAACUACAACAUUCCCAUCAACCAAACCAGAAACAUCAUACACAGCCACAUACAUUACUGACCCUUCAACUGAAACUGAAACAUCUUCCACAUCCACAACAUCCCUAUCAACUGAAACUGAAACAUCAUACAUAUCCACAACAACCUUAUCAACGGAAGCUGAAACAUCAUCCACAACUACAACAUCCAUAUCAGCCAAACCUGAAACAUCAUCCACAGCCACAUACACAACAUCCCCAUCAACCAAACUUGAAACAUCAUCCACAACUACAACAUUCCCAGCGCCCGAAACUACAACAUUCCCAUCAACUGAAACUGAAACAUCAUCCACAGCUACAUACACAACAUCCCCAUCAAUCGAACCUGAAACAUCAUCCACAACUACAACAUUCCCAUCAGCCGUAACUGCAACAUCCACAUCAACCAAACCUGAAACAUCAUCCACACCUACAACAUUCCCAUCAACCGUAACUGCAACAUCCACAUCAACCAAACCUGAAACAUCAUCCACAGCCACAUACACAACACCCCUAUCAACUGUACCUGAAACAUCAUCGACAACUACAACAUUCCCAUCAACCGAAACUAAAACAUCAUCCACUAUUGCAACAUCCAUAUCAAACAAACAUGAAACAUCACCCACCGCCACAUACACAACAUUCCCAUCAACCGAAAUUGAAACAUCAUUCACAACACCCCCAUCAACCGAACAUGAAAUAUCGUACACAACCACAUACAUGACAUCCCUAUCAACCGAAACUGAAACAUCAUACAUAUCCACAACAACCUUAUCAACUGAACCUGAUACAUCAUCCACAACUACAACAUUUCCAUCAACUGAAACUGAAACAUCAUCCACAACUACAACAUUCCCAUCAACCAAACCAGAAACAUCAUACACAGCCACAUAUAUUACUGACCCAUUAACUGAAACUGAAACAUCUUCCACAUCCACAACAUCCCUAUCAACUGAAACUGAAACAUCAUACAUAUCCAUAACAACCGUAUCAACUGAACCUGAUACAUCAUCCACAACUACAACAUCCAUGUCAGCCAAACCUGAAACAUCAUCCACAACUACAACAUUCCCAUCAAUUGAAACAUCAUCCACAACUACAACAUUCCCAUCAAUUGAAACAUCAUCCACAACUACAACAUCCCUAUCAACCGAACCAGAAACAUCAUCCACAACUACAACAUUCCCAUCAACUGAAACUGAAACAUCAUCCACAACUACAACAUCCAUAUCAACCAAACCUGGAACAUCCUCCACAGCCACAUACACAACAUCCCCAUCCACCAAUCCUGAAACAUCAUCCACAACUACAACAUUCCCAUCGACCGAAACAGAAACAUCCUCCAAAGCUACAACAUUCCCAUCAACUAAAACUGAAACAUCCUCCAUAGCCAGAAACACAUCAUCUCCACCAACUGAACCAGAAACCUCAUCCACAACUACAACAUUCCCAUCAACCAAACCAGAAACAUCAUACACAGCCACAUACAUUACUGACCCUUCAACUGAAACUGAAACAUCUUCCACAUCCACAACAUCCCUAUCAACUGAAACUGAAACAUCAUACAUAUCCAUAACAACCGUAUCAACUGAACCUGAUACAUCAUCCACAACUACAACAUCCAUGUCAGCCAAACCUGAAACAUCAUCCACAACUACAACAUUCCCAUCAAUUGAAACAUCAUCCACAACUACAACAUCCCUAUCAACCGAACCAGAAACAUCAUCCACAACUACAACAUUCCCAUCAACUGAAACUGAAACAUCAUCCACAACUACAACAUCCAUAUCAACCAAACCUGGAACAUCCUCCACAGCCACAUACACAACAUCCCCAUCCACCAAUCCUGAAACAUCAUCCACAACUACAACAUUCCCAUCGACCGAAACAGAAACAUCCUCCAAAGCUACAACAUUCCCAUCAACUAAAACUGAAACAUCCUCCAUAGCCAGAAACACAUCAUCUUCACCAACUGAACCAGAAACCUCAUCCACAACUACAACAUUCCCAUCAACCAAACCAGAAACAUCAUACACAGCCACAUACAUUACUGACCCUUCAACUGAAACUGAAACAUCUUUCACAUCCACAACAUCCCUAUCAACUGAAACUGAAACAUCAUACAUAUCCACAACAACCUUAUCAACGGAAGCUGAAACAUCAUCCACAACUACAACAUCCAUAUCAGCCAAACCUGAAACAUCAUCCACAGCCACAUACACAACAUCCCCAUCAACCAAACUUGAAACAUCAUCCACAACUACAACAUUCCCAGCGCCCGAAACUACAACAUUCCCAUCAACUGAAACUGAAACAUCAUCCACAGCUACAUACACAACAUCCCCAUCAAUCGAACCUGAAACAUCAUCCACAACUACAACAUUCCCAUCAGCCGUAACUGCAACAUCCACAUCAACCAAACCUGAAACAUCAUCCACAGCUACAUACACAACAUCCCCAUCAAUCAAACCUGAAACAUCAUCCACAACUACAACAUCCCCAUCGACCGAAACUGAAACAUCAUCCACACCUACAACAUUCCCAUCAACCGUAACUGCAACAUCCACAUCAACCAAACCUGAAACAUCAUCCACAGCCACAUACACAACACCCCUAUCAACUGUACCUGAAACAUCAUCGACAACUACAACAUUCCCAUCAACCGAAACUAAAACAUCAUCCACUAUUGCAACAUCCAUAUCAAACAAACAUGAAACAUCACCCACCGCCACAUACACAACAUUCCCAUCAACCGAAAUUGAAACAUCAUUCACAACACCCCCAUCAACCGAACCUGAAAUAUCGUACACAACCACAUACAUGACAUCCCUAUCAACCGAAACUGAAACAUCAUACAUAUCCACAACAACCUUAUCAACUGAACCUGAUACAUCAUCCACAACUACAACAUUUCCAUCAACUGAAACUGAAACAUCAUCCACAACUACAACAUCCAUAUCAACCAAACCUGGAACAUCAUCCACAGCCACAUACACAACAUCCCCAUCCACCAAACCUGAAACAUCAUCCACAACUACAACAUUCCCAUCGACCGAAACAGAAACAUCCUCCAAAACUACAACAUUCCCAUCAACUAAAACUGAAACAUCCUCCAUAGCCAGAAACACAUCAUCUCCACCAACUGAACCAGAAACCUCAUCCACAACUACAACAUUCCCAUCAACCAAACCAGAAACAUCAUACACAGCCACAUAUAUUACUGACCCAUUAACUGAAACUGAAACAUCUUCCACAUCCACAACAUCCCUAUCAACUGAAACUGAAACAUCAUACAUAUCCAUAACAACCGUAUCAACUGAACCUGAUACAUCAUCCACAACUACAACAUCCAUGUCAGCCAAACCUGAAACAUCAUCCACAGCCACAUACACAUCAACCAAACCUGAAACAUCAUCCACAACUACAACAUUCCCAUCGCCUGAAACAGAAACAUCCUCCAAAACUACAACAUUCCCAUCAACUGAAACAUCAUCCACAACUACAACAUCCAUAUCAACCAAACCUGAAACAUCAUCCACAGCAACAUACACAACAUCCUCAUCAACCGAACCUGAAACAUCAUCCACAACUACAACAUCCAUAUCAACCAAACUUGAACCAUCAUCCACAGCCACAUACACAUCCCCAUCAACUGAAAAUGAAACCUCAUCCACAACUACAACAUCCAAAUCAACCCAAACUGAAACAUCAUCCACAGAUACAAUAUCCACAUCAACUAAACCUGAAACAACAUCCACAACUACAACAUUCCCAACGACCAUAACUACAACAUCAUCCACGACUACAUCCCCAUUAACCGAACCUGAAACAUCAUCCACAGUCAGGAACACAUCAUCUCCACCAACCGAACCAGAAACAUCAUACAUAACCACACACAUUACUUACCCAUCAACUGAAACCUCAUCCACAUCCACAACCACCCCAUCAACUGAAAUUGAAACAUCAUCCACAUCCACAACAACCCCAUCAACUGAAACUGAAACAUCAUCCACAACAUCCCCAUCAACCAAAACUGAAACAUCAUCCACAACAUUCCCAUCAGCUGAAACAUCAUCCACAAUUACAACAUCCACAUCAACCAAACCUGAAACAUCAUCCACAGCCACAUACACAACAUUUCCAUCGACCAGAACUGAAACAUCAUUCACAACUACAACAUCCAUAUUAACUGAAACUGAAACAUCAUCCACAGAUACAACAUCCAUAUCAAUCAAACCUGAAACAUCCUCCACAGCCACAUACACAACAUUCCCAUCAACCGAAACUGAAACAUCAUCCAAAACUACAACAUUCCCAUCAACCAUAACUGCAACAUCAUCCACAACUACAACAUCCCCAUUAACCAAACCUGAAACAUCAUCCACAACAACCCCAUCAACCGAACCUGAACCAUCAUACACAACCACAUACAUGAUAUCCCCAUCAAUCGAAACGGAAACAUCAUCCACAACAACCCUAUCAACUGAUACUGAAACAUCAUCCAUAACUACAACAUCUGCAAUAUCAAAACGUGAAACAUCCGUGAACGUCAUAUCUGAAACAUUUACAAUAGAUGGAACCACAACCACUAUCUCAGUAGAAAAACGGUCAACAGCCUCCCUUCAAACAUUUAAAACCACAACUGAGACAUCAAUAACUACACUUGAAACUCCAGUUUCUACACCAAGUGACUCUUCAGCUACCACUGUACCUGCAACACUGUCUACAGUUACAUCAGGAAGGAUAACUACGGCCCCACCAACUGAAUCACCAUUAGACACAUCCAAAGCUACAUUUGAGACAUCAAUAUCAACCAUUCCAGUAACUACAGAGAUAACCCCCACCGGAAUAUCAGCUACAACAGAAAGUCGAACAGCAACAACCUCACCUGGAAAUGUAUUGACAACUACAAUCACAUCCUCAAUAUCUGCUUCAACUACUGAGGCAAAAACAGAAAACCCAUCUUCCAUCACUCCGGAACCUCCAGCUACAAACACACGUGUUACAUCAGCAUUUACAGCCUCUUCAGAGAGGAUGAGUAUAUCAACAUCGAGUACCCUCCCAGAAAUCACAACUCAGAAUUUGACAUCUACUUUAACAUCUACCUUUUCUGCAGCAACUACUUCAAAUCACAGCAUAACUCGGAUGACAACAACAACAACAACUACAAAAGCCACUGCAGGUUCAGUCAUAACUAAAACUGGCAGUGUGACGGACAAAGUUGGCUCAAUCAAAACUAAAUCUUCAACGACCACACCUGUGCCAAUCCCACCUCCACCCUCAUCAACUAAUGAUAUCUUUAUGACCAUUACUUUGGUUAUCCUAGUAUUGAUUUUGGUUGCUAUAACUUUAGUUAUUUUUGUCUUUGAUCAAAAUCCUUGCAGAGAGACCUAUAAUUUAUAAUAUCUUUGACACAAAAUGUAUUUUUGACUGAAAGGACCUCACGUAAUAGACAAUUGCAACCUCAAGAAAGGGAGAGUAAGAAAUCUAUCCCGUGUUGAUGUCACCUGAAAGGAUUUAGUGCCUUUGAACGGGGUAUGGUAGUAAGUGCCAGGCACAUCGGUUUGAGUGUGUCAAGAACUGGAACGCUGCUUGGUUUUUUCACACUCAACAGUUUCCCGUGUGAAUCAAGAAUGGUCCACCACCCAAAGGACAUCCAACCAACUUGACAACUGUGAGAAAGAAUUGUGAGAAAGAAUUCCCUGUGGAAUUAUUUUCGACAACUUGCCCUGAUGAAUUGAAGCUACUCCGAGGGCAAAAGGGAGUGCAACUCAAUAUUAGGAAGGUGUUCCUAAUGUUUUGUACACUGUGUAUACAC